AGUAAUCACACGUUCCCCCUCUGCGUCUGAAAAGCGCUUCCUUCGUUAAGCAACUGUCACCUUGCGGAAGCACAGAUACGCAAGCUCUUUCUUCAACGCUGCUCAACCACUUCAGACACGAGUUUGCAACAAAACAAGCUCAGCAUAAGUUGUGUUCAUACAUGGGUUCACCAGAAUUGUUGGCAGAGAAAAGUUCCAGCAAGCUUAUUGGGAUUCGGAUCCUACAGUAUUUAGAAGGAAGCCCCGUCUCCUUCAAAACCCACCAAGCCAUCGUUUUGAUUGUGACAUUUUUUGCUUAUGCUAGUUAUCAUGCCACACGAAAAACCACAAGUAUUGUGAAGAGUGUGCUUGAUCCACAAUCACCAGACAUAGGCCUGAGCUUUCCAUUGAGGCUAACCAAUUUCAAUGAGUCAACUGGAUCAAAGAGACCUUCUUCAAAACUUGGAGAUGGUUGGGCUCCAUUUAAUGGAUCAGAUGGGACAUCCCUUCUUGGUGAAUUAGACGUUGCUUUUCUUUCAGUCUAUGCUUUUGGUAUGUACUUUUCUGGACAUUUUGGUGAUCGGUGCAAUUUGAGGAUUUUUCUGACAGUGGGGAUGCUAGGAACUGGAUUGUUCACUUCACUCUUUGGUGUAGGGUACUGGGGAAACAUCCACAACUUCUACUAUUAUUUAGUAGUUCAAAUGAUUGCUGGAUUGUUUCAAUCCACUGGAUGGCCAUCUGUAGUUGCUGUUGUGGGGAACUGGUUUGGGAAGAGCAAGAGAGGGUUGAUCAUGGGAAUUUGGAAUGCUCACACUUCUAUUGGGAACAUAGCAGGUUCUCUGAUUGCUUCUGCUAUGUUGGGCUAUGGAUGGGGUUGGUCGUUUGUGGUGCCAGGUCUAAUGAUUGCUUUCGUUGGUUUGGUGGUUUUCCUUAUAUUGCCGGUCUCCCCUGAGUCUGUUGGAGCUGAUAGAGAGGAGGAUGAAUACAGUUGUCCAAAGAAAGGUGGAGAAGUUUCAGAGCCACUGUUAAGGCAAGAAUCUCCAAUUGAGGAGAAAGCAGUUGGGUUCAUAGAGGCAUGGAAAAUUCCUGGGGUUGCUCCUUUUGCUCUUUGUCUGUUUUUCGCCAAAUUGGUUGCAUAUACGUUUCUCUAUUGGCUCCCUUUCUAUGUUAGCCACACAGCAAUUGAUGGGAAAUAUAUAUCUAGUGAGACAGCAGGAUCUCUAUCCACUUUAUUUGAUUUUGGAGGGGUGCUGGGUGGAAUUCUUGCUGGCCACAUUUCUGAUCACUUAAAUGCUAGAGCCAUAACAGCAGCAAGUUUCAUGUACUGUGCGAUCCCUGCUCUCUUCUUUUAUCGAAGUUACGGGCACAUUUCCUUGAUUUUAAAUGGGGCAUUGAUGUUCAUCACUGGCAUGUUCGUGAACGGUCCUUAUGCUCUCAUAACCACUGCAGUUUCGGCUGACCUGGGAACACAUAAGUCAUUGAAGGGUAAUUCACGAGCCCUGGCAACCGUCACGGCAAUCAUUGAUGGAACCGGUUCUAUAGGGGCUGCAGUUGGGCCUUUAUUGACAGGUUACAUAUCUGCGAAGAGCUGGAGUGCUGUUUUCACAAUGUUGAUGGCAGCAGCUUUAGUCGCAGGGUUGCUUUUGACCAGGCUUGUAGUGUCAGAGGUGGCCGCAAAGAUUGAGGAGUCGAGGUCUAAUAGAGCACAAGAAUGUCAACUCGAAGUAUAAGAAUAGUUUAGGGGUCACAGCAGUAUUGUGUUGCUGUAUGUGUAGUCUAGGAGAGCCUGUGAAGUCUCUCAUUCACGGCUUCAGGUCAUGAAAAAAAGAGGAACAUGCCCAACAGUGUUUAAUUGUAGAGGACAUCUUUAACCUCUUAACCUUCAUCACAAUAUUGAAGGGCAGGUUCAGAUGUUCUCUAUUUGUACAUUGUGUGAUAUACCCAAUUACCCAUUCUAGUAUAGAUUAUCAUCCUUAAACACCAGCUAUUCAAGAACUGAUUGUAGCUUUUGAAUUUUGGAAAUCAACCAGUUUGGAGGUCAAGCAUGAAAGUUGUCUAGUGAGUUACAAAUUGAUUUUUGUCGCAUUUUUCUUACUGGCUUAAUGGGUUCACCACACUGCAAAUACAAAACCCUCUCUUGUACUCCUAUCUUUGAGUUUGAGGAGAGAAUUACAUGACAUUUGUUUCUAUAUCAGAAACUGACCAAUACUGUUAACCCAUUAAGUACUUAGAUAUACAUGUUUUUCCUAUUGCCGAAAUUUUGGCUUGGGAUCUUAUGUUGUUCAGUCAUAAGUUGCAGUUGUAUCGGGGCAAUUAAGCAAUGAACACAACCCAGAAAUUUUCAGUGACGUGGCUUCAAAAGUUUGCAUUACAAUUCUAUUAUUUAUUGAAGAUUUCUUUCUCUCGGAGCUUGUUGCAUGGAAAUAAUGGUUCAGGCACAAGGGUUGGAGAAGCAAAAUUAUCUUUUUCAGCAUCUGUCUAGAAGCAUUGUUUCUUAAACAGCUUGUAGUUUUCCCUUCUAUCUACCCCUCAAGUAGCUAGUUGCAUCCAAAUAGUCUGGUGUGAAACAACUGUGCACUUGACUUUUGACCAAGUACGACAUUUUUGUAGAAAGCUUUACUAAAAGCACAAAUCUUGUAAUAGCAAAGGGUACAAUUGGUAUGUCAAGUUGAUAGGAUUGUACUUGAGAUUGUUUUGAAAAUUUCCAUGCUAUAAAUUCAUAAAUAAAUUUU